CCCUGUACCGCGUCCCUCCCCUUAGCCCGGCCCGGCGCGCGGGGUCGCGGCGGUGGCGGCCUGUCCCGGGAUUUUCUCUUCCCGGCCCGGCCUUGUCCGGGUCGCCGGGGGCUGCCGGGCGGAGCUCCAGGAUGUGGAAGCUGGUGUCCGCCUCGGGAAAAGGGGAGCCAUAUCGGCUUUUAAGCGGCGUAGAAUAUGUUGUUGGACGCAGAAACUGCACAAUUUUAAUUCAGGAUGAUCAGUCUAUCAGUCGAAGUCAUGCAGUUCUGACUGUAAGUCAGCCUGAAACAAGCCCUAGUCAGUCUCUCUCAGUACCUAUAUUAACAGUAAGAGAUACAUCCAAGUAUGGUACUUUUGUUAAUGGAUCAAAACUCAAUGGUACUUCAGUGUCUUUGCAGUCUGGUGACAGAAUCAACUUUGGAGUCUUUGAGAGCAAGUUUAGAGUGGAAUAUGAACCUUUGGUUGUCUGCUCCUCGUGUUUAGAUGUAGCUCAGAAAAAGGCUUUAAAUCAAGCCAUCCAGCAGCUUGGAGGCCUUGUAGUGAAUGAGUGGACAAAUGAAUGUACCCACCUUGUAAUGUUAUCAGUAAAAGUAACUGUUAAGACUAUAUGUGCUUUGAUUUGUGCUCGGCCAAUUAUAAAGCCAGAGUUUUUUACUGAAUUAAUCAGAGCUAUUCAGUCCAGGCAACAGUUGCCAAAUCAUGAAAGCUUUUAUCCUCCAGUUGAUGAGCCUUCCAUUGGCAGUGAAAACUUGGAUUUAUCUGAGAAUCACGAAAGGAAAAAAAUAUUCAGUGGAAAAACUUUUGUAUUUCUAACUGCCAAGCAGCACAAGAAACUGGGUCCAGCAGUUGUUCUUGGAGGAGGGGAAGUAAAGUUGAUGACAGAAGGAAGAAAAGAAAUGGCUUUACUACUUUCUCCUGAAGUUUGUGUAGUUGAUGUGGGUUUGGCAAAUUCUCAGAUCUCAGGAUCUGAUUCUCUGACAAACUGGACUGAUUCCAUUCUGACUGUCUUGGAAAGCAAGAAUCUUAGGGCUAUUCCAGAGGCAGAAAUUGGAUUGGCAGUUAUCUUCAUGUCUACAGAAAAAUACUGCAACCCUCAAAAGCAGCAUGCUUCCAAAGGUCUUGCAGCUGUACCUGAAAGUUCUGCAUCAGCUGUCGUAGGCCGAGCCAUUUCCCAGAGUCUGGCUGUGAAUGAAACCAUAAUGCCAACUGCUGCAGAUAGCAGCACCUUAUACAUAGCUGAUACAGAAGAGCAGACAUGUAUGGAGAUAGAGAAUACUUCCCAGGUGCAUAGACAAAGGAAAAUGGCUUUCCACAAUACAACUGCCAUAAAGAAAAACAGCGGCACAAGUGGCAGUGUAAAUGCAGGAACAUCAAUACCCAGAGGGAACAGAACACCUGGGUUCAGUCAAAGAAGUCAGCCUGUCUCACCAUCUAAAAUUUCAGAAGCUGGCAAAUCUCCUGGGAGUGCUUCACAUCACCAGUCCAACUCAAUUACAAAUUACUUCCAGGUUUCUAGAAAAAGGGAAAGAGCUGAAGAAGAAGAAACAUCUGUACCCAAACUAGCAAAACUGGAGGAAAGGUCAUCGACUCUUCCCAAGUGCACUGAAUCUACAACUUCAUUGAUCCGCAACACUGAAGCAAAACAGCAUCAAAAGAAAAAUAAUAUUCUUGACCCAAACGCAAGUUUUGCAGAAGACAUGAGUAUAAAGCCUAUGAGGGAAAGUGUCAAAGUAACAAGUGAUAGAACAAACACUGAAACCACGUCUAGUGAAAAUCAUGCACCAAAAAGGAGAAAGGAAUUAGAUGAUUUAUCUAAAGAUACAGAAGCACUAGAAAUUGUGUUUGGAAGUGGAGACAUAGACUGGGAAGAUCAAAUGACAGAUCAUGACCAGGAAGCUCAAAGCAGUAAACGAAAAAAACAAUGUUUGGAAGCCAAACAAAGCAGGAUUCCAGAAGUAAAUGUAAAUCAGCGUGAGGAGAAUAAAGUAUUGAAAGAAGAGGGGCUUGGAUCGGUUCUAACUUCAGAAAUGAAAAGUAAUAUCAAGCAAGAGUCUCCAGUCUUGAACCACAGCAAACUGCAAGAUGACUCCAGCAAUCUUCCUAGCAGGCUUCUGUUGACAGAGUUUAGAUCACUAGUUGUCAGCCAUCCAAGACAGAAGAGUUAUCUUCCUGGAAAUACCAGCUAUGGAGGAAAGAAAAAUUUCAAAAUGUUCAAAAAGGUAGCUUAUCCUGGGGCAGGACAACUUCCACACAUUAUUGGAGGAUCAGAUCUGAUUGCUCACCAUGCUAAAAAGAAUUCAGAGUUAGAAGACUGGUUAAGGCAAGAAAUAGAGGAACAGAACCGACAUGCAAGAGAAGAAUCACUUGCUGAUGAUCUCUUUAGAUAUGAUCCUAGCGUGAAAAGAAGAUAAAUUGUGACCUGGAUUUACAGCGUUUCUCUGGCAAAACCUGAUUUCUGUUCCUUAGGUUUCCUGGUUGCAGUGUAUAUGAUGUUCCUAUAUAUGACUAUUUGAGUAUCUCUUAUUGAAAGACAUGUUUUCUAAGUCUUGCUUUUAUUAAAAAAAAAGGAAAAGUUCCUUUCAUGGCUUGGUACUUACAGAUGGCACCAUUGUCAAGGCCUUUCCAUUAUUUACUUCACAGUAAUUCUCAGUAAAAUACUGUAGAUAUUUAGGAUUUCAUUUUAGGCUAUUUCUAAUGUGGUUAUCAGUACUGUUUUGGAAAAAAAAGGUAGUUAGCAUCAGGCUAUUUUUUUUUUUCAGAAAGGCUUUGUUAAUUAGGUACAUUCAAGAGUAUUAUCUUAAGAACUGAAAAUCUUCUGAUGCUGAGAUGCAACUGGUAUUUGAUCAUUAUAUGGUUGAUAAGAUAUAAUCAUUAUAUGAUUAAUAAUGAACCACUCUCUGUGGUUCAUUUUAUAGAGCAUAUACUAUUGUUACUGGUACAGAAUAUCUUGGAACUGAAAAAAAUAGCAUCUUUUUCUCUUCCUUAAACAUAUUUUUUAUUUACACCUUUAAAUCAGUGUGGUUCAUUUGUUCAUUUGUUAAAACCUACUUUGAAGCCAGACAAAUUCUUAAAGAGCUGUUACACUCCAGUUUGGAAUUUUAAAUUAUAUGAUCCAUUUCUUUCUCUCAUGCCUUUACUUUUUGCAAUCACUGUGUAAAAAUACGGCCUUCAAAAUUGUUUGAUUGACAGCAAAAGCUAUGAAACAACUACAUGUUUGUGGAUUAGGAGAGCUCAUCUUAAUGAUCUGAGAAUUGCAAUUAGUGAGAUUACCCUGGAAGUACAGUGAGAAAAACUUUGCAGACUUCCUGCUCAGGUGUAUGAAGUCUGUCUCACAUACAGAUAAAGAUGGACAGAUAUCACAUACAGAUAAAGAUGGACAGAUAUCACAUACAGAUUAAGAUGGACAGUAGCUCUAUUGCAUCCUAUUUCAAGAGGGAGGAUCUCCUUUCUCACGUGGGGAAGUGAUCUGGUUGAUGUAAUUGAAUUGACACAAACAGAAUCACUCCCUCUGCCAAGAGCUCUGAGCAUACAAUCAAGGUGAGCUGCAGCGUUUGAAACCGCUCCAAUGUGUAUCAGAUGUGAGGAACAGCAUUGCGAGAUCUGUGCAUGUCAAGAUAGCAGAUGUGCUGAACUCAUCAUGGUUACAACAUGCAGAAAAUAUUUGGCCUUCCAAAGCCAAUGUUUUCUCUUGGGUCUGUCUUGGUAUCUUCUUGCUGGUCAGCAAUGUCCAGAGUGAUACACAAAGUGCAGCCCAAUAAUUAUGAGCUCCACAAAAGCUGUGAGAGUAUUUGCAUCAGGGCACAUCAAAUCUUAUCCACCAACCACCUUUAAAAAGUCUUAAGCAGUUGAAAUUCUUUCUGAAGGACCUCAGGUGAGUUUUUCUGCUAUCACUGUGAGAAUUUCCAGGUUUUCUGGCUGAAGACCUACUGGUCCAACGGCUCUUGUAGACUGCUGAGGUUUUGGACUGUUACUAAAUUCAAGCUAAUAGCUUGGAUAGCAGAGUAUUAAUGAACAAGAUUCUCCAAGAUUCUCCAGAAAGAUUGUAUUUACAGUUGUAAAAUACAGCUGGAGAAUUUCUGAGGUGAAAGGACAAGACAUGCAAUGUCUACAACAAAGUAAAGGCUAAAUCCUUUGCUGCUCAGAUUGCAAUCUGCUAGGGGCUCAAACAUCCCUGGUGGCAUAGUUGAGAGCACUUUUUCGUUCAUGUUUUAUGAUUUAGAGCUCUUCAAAUCCAGUUCCCCAGACAGCUGAAUUAACCAGCUUUGAUACCUUUUUUUUUUUUUUUUAAUUUAGUAUUUAAGAGGUGUGUGUCCCUUUCAGCUCAGAAUAUUCUAGAAUUCCAACUUGAGGGUAACCUAGUAGGUGAUACAGGUGAUAUAGUUUGGUUUGUAAUCCAGUUUCAGCUGCUGUCUAGUUGAUGAAAAGCCUGCAUAUUAGUGCACCUGAGCUUCUGCUAUUUCAAUAUGAAGUUAGGCUUGCAUUAAAAAGCUUAGAUGUACAAACCCCUUAACCAUGGUUUUAAUUGUAACACCAAAUUCAUGUAACAAGUCCUAUUCAUUAUUCUGAAGUCUUCCUUCCAUUUAAACUUAUUUUUUGUUAUGAUUUUCACCUCAGUACAUUAGAGGAAAUAUAUUUGUUGGCUUACUGGUUAGGCCUUCUGUUACUGAAGUGUCUGAGAUAGAUGGUAAAGGACAUAAUUAUAUGAUCCAAUAAAUUUAAAUUUCCAGUAAAUUACAUUAAUAUCUGCUUUAUCCCAGGAAUUAGUGCAAUAACUUCACCUGGUAUUUCCUUUAUGGUAUAGAACAUACUGUUGUAGGCUAACCCCAUUGGGCAGCUAAGCCCCAUGCAGCCACUCCAACACUCCCCAGCAGGAUGGGAGAAUCAUGGAAUCAGAAAAGAGAAGGAUGGGUUGAGGCAUUUUUACAAGUAAGGGAAAGGUUGUGAGCACAGGCAAUCAACUUACAGAUUCUGCAGUUUAGAAAUUUUGCUGUGUGCUCUAUUUUCACUGUGUAGCUUGUGCUCCCUAGUUUCAACCAUUCAAUUUCUGGGAGAGCUUGUUUCAUGCUGCUUUUCUUUAGAAGGUUAAAAAAAGUUCAGUAAAUCAGAGAAGAUACCUAAGGUUUCUUUCAUCUGCCACACUUAUGGUCUGCCAUACCCACCUUUUUAAUAAAGUUAUGCUCUUCAGUUUAAAAAUGCUUCUGAGCAGAAAAUUCAGAUCUUGUUUCUUACAUUAUUUUGUGUGUAACGGAGUUGGAGGGUUUGUUUGGGAUGCUUUUUUUCUAACAUUAAUUACCUUUGUUCACAUUGCUUACAGGAAGGAGAUGCACACAAUAUAUAAACUAAAUAUACUUUUUAUUAGCAAGGCUCUUAACAUACAGUCUUGCAUUCAGCAGCUUAGCUGAUGAAAACAGUUUAAAGUUUAAAGUAGAUUGAAUUACUCUAGGUACUACUAAAACCAUGGAUAGGUGCUGUAUCCCUGCAUGAAAACAUGUUUAAUUUUCAGUUUAACUCACACCAAUUUCAGGUGCCUUCCCACUUUCAACAUCAGCUGGGGAAGCCGCAGGUUUUGGGUUUUUAUUUCACUGUCAAAGUGUGAUUUCUAUUUCUGUCCAUGCACAUCUGAGUCUGUCCUUUUUUCUCCUAUCCUUAACUCCCCAAUCUUCUCCCAGAAUGGUGGAGGUUGUGUGUCAGGGCUGGCCUCUCCUUUGUCAUUGCACCAGUUCCUGUAUGUGGAAACUGUGUUUGCAGCUUGAAUUCCUCCAUCCAGCCACCUUCCCAUCCACUUCCUCUGAAAUGCUAAGUCCCUUCCUUGCCUUAAUUCCUGAUGUGUGAUAGGCUUUAUUCCACUUUAAUUCCUGAGACAGUAGCUGAAGCAUCUACUGUAGACCUACCUCUAACCCAUUCACCCAUCUUGCUCCAUUCCGUGUUGUACAAAUGAUUUCUCAGUCCUGUCUCUCUCUCUCCCAUAAAACUGGAGGGAGUCUUACACCUUCUUUUGCUCUUUUCCAUUUCUUGAAUCAAUGGUCAGUCACAUUUGGCUGCAUCUGGUUUGAGUCACAAAUUCCCAAACUGACUUUGAUUUACAAAUUCCAAUUGUGUUCAGGUAUUUCCUUAGAAUUCAAGCCAAAUGUGCCAUAAAAAUGAACCCUGUUCCUUACCAUUAUUUCUCCCUCUUGCAGUCUCUGAUCACCAUCACCACAUUUCAGUGAGAUGGUUACAAAAAUGCUGCACAAUAUCAGAUAUCCCUGACUAGCAACUCUCCCUAUCACUUGCUUUAGAAUCUGCCCAUACUGCUCUGCAGCAGCUUUUACUACUGGAAUCUUUCAGUCAUUGGUUUCAGUACCAAAUCCGUGCAAAACACCUCUCCCUCAUUCUGAACACUGCAGCUCUCUGAAUGCCUUUUCCUCUGUAGUUUGAUCUUUCAUUUGAUUUGAGUUCCCCAUUUCUCAAAAUAAAAAUAACUGACUUGUAGGUGACACUAUUUAAUAUUUUUUCCUUCAGUCUAUAAUCAGUUUUCACACAUUAAGAUAAAACAAGCCCCAGCAUGUAAACCACAGGAAUAUUUAUCAUCUAAUCAAAAGAGAGGUUUUGCUCACAAGUUACUUACAGAAAAUGUUCUGUACGUGUUUACAUUGCUUGCAUUAUACUUUUUUUUUUUUUUUAAGAUGAGCAUACUCCAGCAAAAGAUGAAAACUGCCACUGCCGCACACAAAGAAAUUAUAUUUACACAUAUCUCCAAGUCCAGGUGCAUUGUGUGUGAGCAAACAUAGGUAGAUGAAUAUAGUCCUUUGUGCAAUUUCAAACUGGAAUUCCAGCAUACAACCAGCAUAGCAGGUGUUACAGAAAUUGGCAAGGUCAGAGUAUUGACUCAGUAAAUUGUGCCAGGGAGAUGUAAGGUAGCAGGAUCAGUUCUCGAACAAUGGCUCAAUGUUCACACAGCAGUUGGUCCUAGCAUCCAAACCAAUGAAAAAUAUUCAUAUAUCUAGUUAAAGGACAACCUAAAAAAUGCCAGGAUUCUAUAGUAUUUUGUGAAUACAUAGCAAAUCUAGUAAUUAAUUUUCUUUAUGUAAGUUCCAGAGGGUGUCAAGGACAGUUUAUUGAAGCAUCUGCUGUAGGCUGGUACUUACACAUUGACAGUGAUCUCAGAAUAAAGAGAUGGAGGAGGAAGGUGCAAAUUAGUUACUUAAGUCUUCAGAACAAGUUAUUUCCUGGUUGUGAUGACUACUGAUUACACCUAGGUUUUAAGAGUUUUAAACCAAUUGGUUUAUGAUGCCCUGAAAGUAUAAAAUGAUCAGUUAGAAAAUUACCUAGCAUGCAGACAAGUAUAAUAUGAACUCAAAUUCAAGGUAUGCUUGAGCUGAAAUGUUCUAGUUUCUAUAGACAAAACCAUCUUUAAAACAGCACUUAGGUUCACUAUAGCUACUGUAUAACACUAGAAAUGCUUUUCCCCCUGCCUAUAAUGAUUGUUCCUUAUACCAAAUUCAUCCUUGAUGACACAAUUCUCCGUGUAAUUUAGGCUUCAAAAAUAAAUCAAACUGAAACUCCCAGUAUACCAUAUUCCCAAAAAUACACUGUUUCAGAAAAAGCUGUUUAUAAUUCCUUCAGGUUUGUAUCCAUAAUGUCACCAAAGCCUUUCUUUUUCUGUCAAAGAUCCUUCAAUUUCCAUUCUUUCUGCUAAGUAAAAUCAACUGUUAUAGUUAUUUCAAACAAAACUUUUCUUUCAGGUUGGGCAAGGGGAAAUGGGGAAAAUAUUUAUACAAAAAUCUCUCACAUCUAUUGAAUGCUCCCGUCUUGCUCUCUCUCUCUAAAAUAAGAACCCACCCAAAAAUUAUGACAGAACAUUGUUAUUGUAAGGUUCUAAUGCAUUAUCUAAAUUAAGAUAUAACAAUAUAAACCUUUUGGCAUUUUUUGUUCCCUAACUUACUCAAAACCAGAUCAUUAGUGUAUAGAUUAUAAUAAAAUCAGCUGCCUUUAAAA